GCAACUGCGCAUCGCCUGACCAUGGACAACAAGAGACAAGCACAGAUUGUCCAGAAUAAAGAACAACUGCUAGCAAAACUUGAGUUCAACAAUAAGUCAAUUCAACAGAAACUACACGCUGAGAAUAGCAAGCUGUCUAGUAAACUGGAAGAGACACGCAACGUGAUUGGUAACUUAAGAUAUGAAAAUGAAACACUGAAGCGCUCAAUGAAGGGCCUGACUACCAGGAACAACCUUUUGAACAAGAGAGUGGCAAUGCUCGAUGAGUACUUUGAAAAGCAGCGAUCUAGAAAGCCUGAAGACCCAGCCACACCAAGCAGACACAUGGCGUCAGCCAGGAUGGGGGAUGGAAGAAGGCGUCUGUUUGAGGAACGUGGGGAGGGGCAUCAGGGAGAAAUAUUCUUGUAGAAAAUGAUAACGAACGUAAUUUUUAAUUUAAUCUAAUUUAAUUUUAGUUGCAUUUCAUCUCAUUUUUCCGUAACAAUGGAAUGAGAUGAAAUAUUUAAUAAAUAACUUUUCUAUAUGUGAGCUGUAUGCAAUACAGAAUUUUAAAAUGUGUAUGAAAAUAUGACAAGUUGUAUGUGUAUGUGUUUGUGUACCAUAUCUUGUCACGUGGAUUUUAUGAAAAAGCAAUGAGCUGGCCUCAUUGAGAAAAAAUAUUUUUGUAUAUGCAUAUUCCGUGCAUAACACGUGUAUGAUGUCAUUUGUACUGUCCUACACGUCUCUAGUGCCUAACACAAUAUUUAUAACUUUUGCAACCAAAUUGUUAUACCAGGCACUUAAAAUGCACUGUUGCACAGUAUGUACGUAUCAGAAUACCUCAACAGAGGCAGAGUGCAUAUGUGGUAAUUUGACAUAUGUGACAGGCAAAAUGUGUGAACAUUGUAUUUUUUCUAUGGAAUAAAUGGUACUGAAUGUUCUACCGUGCAUAUCAGUCUAGUCUAGUCUUUCAACAGUGUUUUGUCAAAAUAACCGGAGAAAGAAUACCACAGAGGAUACAGAGUGGAUAUUCUACAAUUUGACAUGUGA